CGGGCAGCUUCUGCUCUGCUGUGCCCGAGGGGCGGGGCAGGCUGGGCCGCCCCUUCCCCAGUGCUCCCCUGGGCCGGCGGGGAGGCGGGCAGCCGUAGCCUUCCAGGAUACCUAGGACCCGUACCCUACCCGCUACCUACCUCUGCAGCCCCUGGAGGAUUGUGGACGACUGCGGUGGGGCCUUCACCAUGGGAGUCAUCGGGGGAGGCGUCUUCCAGGCUAUCAAGGGCUUCCGCAAUGCCCCAGUAGGCAUCCGUCAUCGGUUCCGAGGUAGCAUCAGUGCAGUGAGAAUCAGGGCCCCCCAGAUCGGAGGUAGUUUUGCAGUCUGGGGCGGCCUCUUCUCCACCAUCGAUUGUGGGCUUGUGCGUCUCCGUGGGAAGGAGGACCCGUGGAAUUCCAUCACUAGUGGGGCUCUCACCGGUGCUGUGCUGGCAGCUCGAAGUGGGCCCCUGGCCAUGGUCGGAUCUGCCAUGAUGGGAGGGAUCCUGCUGGCCCUGAUCGAAGGUGUGGGCAUCCUCCUCACCCGCUACACAGCCCAGCAGUUCCGGAACACACCCCCCUUCAUAGAAGAUCCUGGACAGCUGCCCCCCAAGGAGGGUUCUGCCCCACCCCCCGGCUAUCCAGGCUAUGGACAGUACCAGUGAAGCCACCAGGCCAUGGGGGGAGGGAGGGGAAGAAGCUGGGGAGAGCCCAGGGCCAUUUGGGUCCUCGAGGGUUGGUGGGAACCAACUGGACUCCAACUCUUUUUCACUACCUCUCAGAGCUGGCACUUCAGGGCAGGGGACCCCUCACUGCCCCCCUCCUGGCUUUCCUCCAGAGUGGGGAUGGAUAGGCCGGGCCCUGUGAACAUCAUCAUCUCAGGGAGUUGGACAUACCUCAAGGAAGGGAUUGCAGUUCCUAGAGAUGAGGAUCGGGUUGUUUAUUCAAGCUCCGGAGGGACCCCAGACCCCUUCAACUUUCUCUAGAAGUUAGUUCACUGUUGGCUCCCAGCUCAUGUACACCCCCACCCUGCAAAGAAAAAAACAAUCUGGCCUUUUCUCCUCCCCAGUUUUUCUUCCCCAGAUCUCCCCCUCUUUAUUUAAAGAUGGCUCUGAAACCUA